AUGCAAGAGACAUCAAAGACAUAUUAUCCAAGGUUUACACCUCAGAUGCCUACAGAGCAAUUGUCAAUUUCAAACUCGUUAAAUUCUACAACCUCAAUCGCGAUAACCAUAUCAACUACUUUAAACUCAACGAUCAAAGAAAAGGAUGAUUUAUUAAAUUUAUUGAAUCUAGAGCCUCUACUAGAUAUCCUUGAUAAUAAAAUCAGCAUGUCUGACUACUUCUUGAUGCCUUCUCCAUAUAACAAUUUAAAUCACUUGAAAAAUUAUUUUUCAUCACCACCAGCACCAUCACCACCAUCAGCACCAAACCCACCAGUACAAGAACAAGAACAAGAACAACCAAAACCAAAACCUUUGGAUUUAGAAAUUAAUGAUGGAAAAAAUUCAUUGGAUCCUCAAAUCGAACCUCCAACUUCAGCUACAAAAAGUAAACAAAAGAGUUAUUUCAAUUUGGAAUUAAUGAACAAUAUCUUUAAAUAUCAUAAACAUUUGCUUUACGAUUUAUCAAAUGAUCCUGUUCUAGUCAACAAUAAAAACCCUUCUUAUCUUCUUUUACUCCAAAACCACAAGAUCCAUUUUUUCCUACUCGACCCAAAUAAUCAAAGAUUAAAUCUUUUACCAAGAUCGUUAAAAUAUAGACUAGACCUAUCUGGCUACUUGAAUCAACUGGACCGAUUUCAAAAAUUCAAUACUCAAAAAAAGCAAUCUGUAGACAUCUUAAGAGUUAUGUGUCUUAACUCCUUUAUAAGAAAUCUAGAUAGGCCUUUAAUAUCAAAUCUAGAGAAAAAUUUAUCCUUCAAACUACAGAAAUUCAACUUCAUCUUAAACUCUUCAAAUGAUUCUCAAUCAGAAGGAAACUCAAUUUUAGACAAAAUUUUGAAUAACAUUUACAAUCAAAAUAUCGACAUUGAUAUCACUUCCUUUAUUGUCAACAUUCAAAUCUUGACUCAAAAAAUGAAAAGUUUGGGCUAUAAAUUCGACAUCUAUAAAGUAAAUUUCAAUACUUUUACUCAAUUUUUCAAUGCGAUUGAAGAAAACAUCCAAAAAAUUUUGCCAUCCAAUAACUCGAAGACAUCAAACAAUUUAUUAGUUCAUUUGAAUGGCAUUAUGCCCCUACUUAAUUUAAAUAUAGAUCUUUAUAAAAGAACUUUCAUCGUAAAUAAACAUGGAACUAUCCAACUUAUUAUUGAUGAAAAUAAUCCUCACAAUUUGAAAACUAUUUCGAAUGAAAAUAUUCGAAGUAACCUUAAAAACUCUAUGACAAUUAAACCAAAUGCUCAAAAAAUCCAAGCUCAGAUACCUAUCAAUCUCUAA